AUGGCCUUGGCAUCUCUGCGCACUCGGGGCAGGCUUGGGGCCCACAAGAUGUUGUGGAAGCUGGCGGCGUGGGCCAUUAUUUCGCUGGGGGCGGCCGGCCAGCAGAUCCCCCUUGACGAGAGGAUCAAGGCCAACGAGGACAUUGUCCGGACGGUUCACGGGAGGGCCACGGACCUGUACAGGGACCGCGGCGAGGUCGUUCCAGGCUGCGAGUGCUCCGUGCACGCCUGCGCCAACACGUUCCCGUUCCCCCGGGAGUGCUCCGACCUGCUAGGCCACUCCGAGGAGAUUUGCGGGCACUGCGAAACUAAAGGGAAGAUGCUUGGCCUCCAGAAGUCGAUGGUCAGGACACCCCCUGGGGAAAAAGACCCGGAGAAUCUGAGUCCAGAAGUCAUAGAGUCGAUAUGCACAUUUCAGCCCUUAGAAGAGGACUUUGUGAAGAAAGGGCCGGAAGGGAGCUACACGUGGACGUACAUUGGCACCACGACAGGCGUACACAGAAUAUGGCCAGGGCUGGCGCUUCCGAGGGACUUAUCCGAAGCUGAUCCCCCUAAGCCUCUUGAGAGCUGCAAAAAGUUUGACCCCAGGGAGCGUCCAUGGUUCAACGCAGCCAGCAGCGGUCCCAAGGACGUCGUGAUCGUUUUGGACACAUCAGAGAGCAUGGGCAAGGCUCUUGGGUCCACAGGAAAGACGAGGUGGGAAGUGACAAGGGACGCCGUCUCGAGACUCUUGGGCACUUUUGGCAUAUCAGAUUUUGUGAGCAUCGUUACCUUCAAUUCCGAGUCGGAAGUUCUCGGAGGCGGAGCGACCCUGAUCCGGGCAACCAAUGCCAACAUCGAUAUGCUUCAGAGCCAGAUUAUGGACGUUACUGUGGAAAAAGGGACCGAUUUUAGACAAGGAUUUCAAAAGGCUUUUGAUGUACUGAUCGAAUCCAACAAGAUCAAAUUGACAAGGGACGACGGCCCAAGCUCGUCCUGCACAAAGGUGAUUUUGUUCCUCACAGACGGUGAGGACUGCUCACUCCUCGAAGAUCAAAAGUGCGCUGAUUCUGAAGAAACGGAAGAGGAUGUUGACCCAAACGUGGUUGCCGAUUUCAUACGAAGAAAGCAAUCGGAUCUGGUCGAUCUGGGCGGCGAAAGUGCUCACAUAUUUACGUUUUCGAUGACGUCAAAGGCGGAUGAUAAGCUGGCAAGAAUGAUUUCCUGCGAGAACAAGGGCUCUUGGGCGUCCAUUGAAGAGCAAGACGACCCCUUGCUCAAGUUCUUGGAUUACAUCAGAUUCCUGGCCUGGACGCGUCGGCGACUUGACGUGAUAUGGAGCAAUUUCUACGAGGACUUCUCCGGCCUGGGCAUGAUGACAACCGCGGUCAUGCCGGUGUACGCGCCCAACACGUCAGCAGGCGUCCCUGGACUUCUCGUUGGGGCGGUUGGAAAAGACGUGUUGGUGUCAGAGCUGCAGGGUGACGACGUGAACUUCCAGAAAGUUUUCGACAGGCUCAUUGAACGGUCGUCCACUUGCAGGAUGGUGGACGAAAACGCUUGUCAACUUCAG